AUGCCGGCUAAAGGGAAGUACCUGUUAAAUGACCAGGAGCUGAAACAUGAGGCCCUGUACAGGAAGUUCUCCUGUAUCAGCCAGUACCAGCCUCUGGUGCUGCUACUAGGCCUAUCCAUGCUGUCCUGCGGAGUCCUCAUCAUCCUCUUCUUCGCCCUGCACCUGUGGUCAAUACACAAAGAGAGCGUGAAACAGUGGUCAAUACACAAAGAGAGCGUGAAACAGUGGUCAAUACACAAAGAGAGAGUGAAACAGUGGUCAAUACACAAAGAGAGCGUGAAACAGUGGUCAAUACACAAAGAGAGAGUGAAACAGUGGUCAAUACACAAAGAGAGCGUGAAACAGUGGUCAAUACACAAAGAGAGCGUGAAACAGUGGUCAAUACACAAAGAGAGCGUGAAACAGUGGUCAAUACACAAAGAGAGCGUGAAACAGUGGUCAAUACACAAAGAGAGCGUGAAACAGUGGUCAAUACACAAAGAGAGCGUGAAACAGAGGUCAAUACACAAAGAGAGCGUGAAACAGAGGUCAAUACACAAAGAGAGCGUGAAACAGAGGUCAAUACACAAAGAGAGAGUGAAACAGAGGUCAAUACACAAAGAGAGCGUGAAACAGAGGUCAAUACACAAAGAGAGCGUGAAACAGUGGUCAAUACACAAAGAGAGCGUGAAACAGUGGUCAAUACACAAAGAGAGCGUGAAACAGUGGUCAAUACACAAAGAGAGCGUGAAACAGUGGUCAAUACACAAAGAGAGCGUGAAACAGUGGUCAAUACACAAAGAGAGCGUGAAACAGAGGUCAAUACACAAAGAGAGCGUGAAACAGAGGUCAAUACACAAAGAGAGCGUGAAACAGAGGUCAAUACACAAAGAGAGCGUGAAACAGAGGUCAAUACACAAAGAGAGCGUGAAACAGAGGUCAAUACACAAAGAGAGAGUGAAACAGAGGUCAAUACACAAAGAGAGAGUGAAACAGAGGUCAAUACACAAAGAGAGCGUGAAACAGAGGUCAAUACACAAAGAGAGCGUGAAACAGAGGUCAAUACACAAAGCGAGAGCGAUCUACAGACAUGGCAUUUACAGAGAGAUUGAGCGCAACACCAAACAACUGACAGGGUUUUUAAACAAAGGGAAAGGAACGGUGAUUGGGUAGGAAACAGGAGGAGGUGUGUCUUCUGAUUGAUGAUUGGUGACUGAUUGGGGAGUGAUGAUUUUCACCUGUGAGGGGAGAAGGAGAGAAAAGAAACACACACACACACAGGAUACGUGUAUCCGUAACACACCGAUCAUACCACGCUCAGUCGCAUAGGUCACUAGCUGUUCAAUCGAAUGCCUCGAUGCCUGCUUUACAUAGUAAUGCCACGGCCACGUAGAAGCGAUCCAAGCAAGCCACUGUCUGUAGGAGCAAUCCAUUUUUGUGAACAAGGUGGUGUACCUAAUAAACUGACAGGUGAGUGCCUUAUUGUCACAAACACGGGAUAGGUGCAGUGAAAUGUGUUGUUUUACAGGGCUUCAGUCAGUCAGGGCCGGUGAACAAAGACGUGGUUGCUUCUUAAAAUGGCACCCUAUUUAUUCCCUGGUCAAAAGUUGUGCACUGUAUAAGUGAAAGGGUGCCAUUUGGGACACACUCAUGCUGUUGACAUUGGCAGGGCCUGAGGCACUGUAGCACUUUUCUCAUUCAGGUGUUGAUGCCAAAUUAGGUCCAUCAUCAGGUCUCAUUACUGCUCCCUCCUAAAGGAAAACAAGGGGCUUUAUUGGCAUUGGAAACAUGUUUACAUUUGCAAAUGUAAGUGGAAUAGAUAUUAAACAAAAGUGAAAUAAAUAAUAUGAAAUUAACAUUUCAAAUGUUAUAUUGCUGACUAUGUACAGUGUUGUAACUAUGCAAAUAUUUGAAUUACAAAAGGGAAAAUAAAUAGACAGA